GGGAGGGACCCGAACACGGAAGUGGUGGUAGCGCCGGCGAAGCAGCUGGAGGCGGUGACUGCGACGUCUGAGAUGAGAACCCCGCACGGAAGGGUGGGGGCUUGCAGGCAGGCAUCCGUCUUAGAGGACCUACAUGAGGUGCCGGAGUGGUUGGGUCUCCCUUCUCCAGCUUAGCGAGCACCCAGAGUGAUGGCGGUGGUGAUGGCGGCAGUUACUCGGACAGCCCCAGUUAAACUGCGCUCCGAGAGAUAUAUCCAGAAAGUGCCCAGAAGAAACAUUCUACCGGAAAAACUGAAAGAACAGUAUUUAUAACACUGGAAUUUGUGGACAGUUUGUUAAAAUGGCAGAAAAUAGUGAAAGUAAUAGUAAAAAUGUAGAUGUAAGGCCCAAAACUAGUCGGAGUCGAAGUGCUGACAGAAAGGAUGGUUAUGUAUGGAGUGGAAAGAAGUUAUCUUGGUCAAAAAAGAGUGAAAGUUCAGAUGCUGAAACAGUGAGUGCUGUAGAGAAAACUGAAGUUCCUUUAAGGAGCCAAGAAAGGAAGCACAGCUGUUCAUCUAUCGAGUUGGAUUUAGAUCAUUCCUGUGGGCAUAGAUUUUUAGGCCGAUCUCUUAAACAGAAACUGCAAGAUGCUGUGGGGCAGUGUUUUCCAAUAAAGAAUUGUAGUAGUCGGCACUCUUCAGGGCUUCCGUCUAAAAGAAAAAUUCAUAUCAGUGAACUCAUGUUAGAUAAGUGUCCUUUCCCACCUCGAUCAGAUUUAGCCUUUAGGUGGCAUUUUAUUAAACGACACACUGCUCCUAUAAGUCCCAAAUCAGAUGAAUGGGUAAGCACAGACUUGUCUCAGACUGAAUUGAGGGAUGGUCAACUAAAACAACGAAGAAACAUGGAAGAGGUAAACUGCUUCUCACAUACCAGUGUUCAGCCCUGUGUCAUAACCAAUAACGAUUCUUCGGGUAGAGGUGGUCCUGGGACUGGCUCUGUAAUGAACCUGGCUUCAAAUAACAGUAUAGAAGAUAGUGAUAUGGAUUCAGAUGAUGAAAUUAUAACACUUUGCACAAGUUCCAGGAAAAGAAACAAACCCAAAUGGGAAAUUGAUGAAGAAACCCUGCAACUGGAAACACCUCCUAAGUACCAUACCCAGAUUGAUUAUGUCCACUGUCUUGUACCAGACCUCCUUCAGAUCAAUAAUAAUCCAUGUUACUGGGGCGUUAUGGAUAAAUAUGCAGCUGAAGCUCUACUAGAAGGAAAACCAGAGGGUACCUUUUUACUGCGAGAUUCAGCACAGGAAGACUAUUUAUUCUCCGUUAGUUUUAGACGCUAUAGUCGUUCUCUUCAUGCUAGAAUUGAACAGUGGAAUCACAACUUUAGCUUUGAUGCACAUGAUCCUUGUGUCUUCCAUUCUCCUGACAUUACUGGGCUCCUAGAGCAUUAUAAGGACCCGAGUGCCUGUAUGUUCUUUGAACCACUUUUAUCCACUCCUUUAAUUCGGACUUUCCCCUUUCCCCUGCAGCAUAUAUGCAGAACAGUUAUUUGUAACUGUACAACUUAUGAUGGCAUUGAUGCCCUUCCAAUUCCUUCUUCCAUGAAAUUAUAUCUGAAAGAAUAUCACUAUAAAUCGAAAGUUAGAGUACUCAGGAUUGAUGCACCAGAACAACAAUGCUAGGAAAAGGGUAGGAACACGGGAGUGAUUAUAUACAUAUUUUCAUUUAAUAUUUUAUUUUUCUUAUUAUGCCACUUCGAAUUUUUCUACAGGGGCAGUUGAAGUCCAAAAUAAACUUAUGCCCUAAAUUUUACUUCCAGAUCAGUUUAUUUUUCUUAGGAUACAAUAAUUGUUUAACAAUAAUAAUUGUUUAAUAAUUGUUAUACACUAGGAGUUAAUGGAUAUUUUUGACUAGGUGUUUGGUUUUUGUUUUUACCGUGUAGAUUGUAUACUUAAUUUUUUUCUUUUCUUAACUGUAAUUUGCAUAUGAUCCAGGGAUAUCUGAAGUUUGGUAGGUAUUGCAAACACAGUUAAAUAAUCUGUAUUUCAUACUUUUCUUUAAAAAAUAAUCCUGUCCUUUCUUACAUAUAAAAUGCUUUGUUAACCUAUGCCAUUGGCAUUCCUAUACAUAAGAUACAGUUUCCCCAUCAUCCUUUUCAGUUGUUUUAAAAGUCUUCAGUAAAGCGGAAUGUGUUGUAAUUUACAAUCCAUACUAAUGUAAUUGACUUUUAUAAUUUACUAUAGGGAUGUUAAAGGUUAGCAAAAUGGCUUAAAAUCAAACUUCAUGUGUUUUCAUUUUAAAUGUUAACUGUAAAGCAGAAUUACUAAAUUUGAUUAAUCAGGUCAGUAAGAAUCAAAUGAGGACAUUAUAUUUUGGGGGUGAAUUUAUUCUUCUAUAAUGUGGCAUGGUCAUUUAUUAUUCCUUGAGUAGAUCUUUCUCUCAAACUUAGAAGAGUUACCAUCUUCAGAACAUAAGUAUUGUUCCUUUCUCACUGGAAGCUUUAAAAAUAAUGAUAACACUAUUAGUAACUAGUAGUUACUAAAGUAAUAAAGCAACUGAGGUUUUUCUGUAUUUACUUACGAACUCUUGCUUCUGCUUAGCUCUGUUUUAGAAACUCUGAGCCUGUUAGUUUGGAGAGAUGCCACAGUUUAUACAGCAACAAAUUUCCAUUGGUAACCAAAGAGACCUAGGUAGUUUUUCAUUAUUUUUAAUUGAGCUUGAAUAAAGAUUCAAGAAGUAAACAUGGAACUCAGUAUUCAGGGAGCUUAAUAUUGGUUUUGAUCUUCAGGUUUCAGAUAAGUAUUCCUAUUUUCAGAACUAACAUGUCUUUAGUAUGGCUUCAAAAUAAGGGAAACACUUUGAGAGCUACAUGGCUUAUGCCAUACUGAACAAUACUGGGCACCAGGCGUAAUAUUUUGAAUUUAACAUCCCCAGAAAGGGGAAGUAUUUUUAGAAAUGUUCUAUAAUAAGAUAGAUGGAAUGAUAGCCUACUCUUCUUUUUUAAAGAAUCAGUGAAUAAUAAAUUUCCUAGACAGUUAUUCCUUCUGGUGAGUUGUCUACCCUUUUGUACAAGUUGGCAUUUUUAAUAUCAUAGUAAUUGAUUUCUUGAUGCUAGUUUAGCUCUAGUAGGAAGCUGCUUCUACCUGGAUUGAAAGAAAUUUGACUCAGAUUUCCACGUUAGAAUAGAUGUUUCUUAAGUAUCAUUGCUUUUAUGUUGAAGUAGCAUUUCCCUUUCCUGCAGUUCUGCUGAUAACAUAAAGAUGGCAUUUAAAAAUAAUUGCUUAAAAUAAAUUUUUAGCAGUUAUCACAAAAUUAAACAAGGAAAUCUGUUACCAUUGUCUUCUAGCAUAUUUUUUUCUCAGUGAUCUCAAGAUUGUCUUGGUUCCAGUGAGGGUUAGCUACUAAAAUGGCACCCCUCUUAGCAGUGAUGAGGCUCAGGAUAUCAACACCAAUGUCAGGAUAAAUAUCUCUUCUAAAGAUGAUAUUUCCCUUUUACAAAAGUGGGACAGUCUCAUACUACCUCAUCUUUAUUGUGGCGCUUUUGUAGAUCACUGAGAAGCUUAUCUUAUUUACCAAUAUAGCACUUCCUAAAUGUCCAUCUUUGGUGAAAGAAAAUUAAUAGUAUGGUAAGACUCUACCCAUAAUUAUAGUUUUUUAUCAGAAUUUGAUAUUGAGACUUUCUGUUUCUAUGAAACAAUAUUGUUUUAAAUAUUUUUCUUUUAAAAAUAACAUUUUAUCAAUACAGAAAAACCUAAGGAAUGACUAGCUAAUGAAUAUUCUGUUAAAAGGUAAUUUUAUAAAGAAAAAUGAAAUAUUACGUUGUCUUUUAUAAUGGUAAAAAUUAGUAUUUAUAUAAAAAUCCAGAUCUAAGUAGCCUUUCGUAUAUUCAGACUGGUUGCUUGUGAUAUAUUUUCUCUGGCUUUCUUAUUUUUUCAACUUCAAGGUAUUGAUAGCUAUUAACAUUUUCAAAAUACUGCCAUUUAUAUAGCCUUGAAGUAGGUGAUCUAAUAAAUGAGAGCAGGAAGGAGACUGACUUACAAUGAAACGGUUUGUACUUUUUCCUUUGGUAUUUGCUACAGAAAAGAAAUCGGGAAAGUAGAAAUGUAAGAUUUGAGAAAGGAAUUGUUUACCAUGAAGGAAAAAGAAGAGUAAUAAAUUUUUUUAAAGCGUGAAGGGAUUGGAAUUUAGAAAGGUUUAGCCCUUUCUCAGUGACUUGUGGACACAUUUGGAAGAGCAUUCGGUAUUCAGAAACUUAACUCAUUAAAAAUGUAAUUACUGUGCUUCUCUAAUGGCGCAGUGGUUGAGAGUCCGCCUGCCGAUGCAGGGGACACGGGUUCGUGCCCCGGUCCGGGAGGAUCC